ACAUGAUUCUUUAAAUAAAGAAUUCGAAAAAUAAACUCAUUAAGAUUUAAAAGAUUUUUAAAAUUUAUCAAAAGAUGAAAAAUUAGCCAAAAUAGAAAGUAUGUUUACCGAAUAAGAAUAAAAAACGGAAGAUUUAGACGGAGACGAUGGAUCAUUCGAAAGAAAAGGUUCAACAACUACAAAAUUAUUAUUAAUAGGGAGUUUGGGUAUAAUUUUAGGAUACUUAUCUUUGGAAUUAUUGCCUUAGUUAUAAUCGAAAAAAGGUACUACGGAGGAAUAAAAAUAAAAGAUUUUAUAAUAAAAAUAGAUAGUGGGAGGAGAAUGGUAAUUAUAUAAUACUGAAGGAAAAUAAUUUGGAAGUGAUGAUUUAAAAGGAUAUUAUUAUAUUAUUUAUUUCGGAUUUUGUAAGUGCCCAGAUAUAUGUCCAAAUGCUUUGUAGAAAAUAUCAUAAAGCAUAAGGAAGGUUUAAGAUACACCAGAAGGUAGAUUAAUAAAAUUGAAAAGCAUAUUUGUAAGUGUAGAUCCAGAUAGAGAUACUAUGAGUGAUAUUAAAAAGUUCUGUAAUUUAUUUGAUAAAAAUAUUAUUGGGGUUACUGGUAGUAGUAAUAAUGAUUAAAAACUAAAAGACAUAAUGAAAAAAUUUAGAAUAUAUUCCACUAAAAUUGAAUAUGAACUUGCUGAAGAUAAUAGAGGUAAAGAUAAAUUAGGUUAACUUUAAUAUAAUUAUACUAUUGAUCAUACUGUUAUUUCAUAUUUAAUGGAUGAUGAAGGUUAAUAUUUAAUACACUUAGGUCCAAAUUUAAAUGAAAAUUAAUUAUCACGAAUUAUUAUUGAUAAAAUUUUAGAAAAUGAAAUUAGUAAAAUUAAUUAAUGA